AUUAUCAGAUCUACACUAUUUCAUUUUUCAUUUUAUUUUUUCGUUUAUCAACGCUGGUGCAUUAUAAAUAGAAAUGUUCUAGCAACACAUUUUGGUAACAGUCCGAACACAUCUGUCAUUAUUUGUGACCCCUAAAUAAAAUACAGUUCAACGGCUUCCCCACGCAUAUCACCUACACAACUAUAGAGGCGGGUGACUGGCUAGUGGCGAGGACUCGAAUAAAUCAAAUCUGCUGAUCCGUAACCCAGCUUCUCAUUUCUUCAUCAAAGGCCAAGACAGAAAAGAAAAACAGAAUGGCAUCUGAGAGGGAAGACUUCAACAUUUCAGGGCCCUUACAUCUAAAUGCCUGUAACUGGGAUAAUGUGGAGCAUAGGAGGUCUGUUGCUGCCUCUUUGGUUCAAGGGGUUUACAUUUUAGAGCGAGAUCGACAGGAAAAGCGACAAGGAGAUGGAUCUCUGGCUCCUCCAUGGUGGGAAUUCUUCGAAUUCAAGUUACGUCGUGAACUUGUUGAUGUUGAUGAUUCGUCCAUCUUUGGUGCCGUUUAUGAAUACACACCUCUUGGGUACAAUGGCAACGAUAAAGUUCCACACCAUGUCAUCGCUUUCCGUGGGACCAUUACGAAAGGCGAUGCGUUUUCAAGAGACCUCGAAUUGGAUAUCCACAUAAUAAAAAACGAACUCCAUUUCUCGUCUCGCUUUGAGACUGCCAUUCAAGCGGUGCGCAACACGGUUGCAACUUUUGGAGGUUCAAAUGUGUGGUUGACAGGUCAUUCCCUGGGUUCUGCCAUGGCAAUGCUUGCUGGCAAGACCAUGGCAAAGACAGGUGUGUUUCUUGAAGCCUUUCUGUUCAACCCGCCCUUCUUCUCAGCCCCAAUUGAGAGAAUCAAGGAUAAGAAAGUCAAACACGGUAUUCGGAUCGCCACCAGUGUUGUCACGGCUGGGCUAGCAUUUGCUGCAUCUGUGAAGAAGACUAACACCCGCCAGAAGAAUCCAUCAAUAGAUUCAUUUGCUGCAAUCUCCAAAUGGGUGCCCUGUCUGUUUGUGAAUCCAGCCGAUCACAUUUGCUCGGAGUACAUUGGCUAUUUUGAACAUAGAAAAAAGAUGGAGGAGAUAGGGAUAGGGGCAAUAGAGAAACUAGCAACACAGCACUCUCUCGGGGGUCUUUUUAUGAACUUUUUGGGGAAAGAGUCCGAUGAACCAAUGCAUCUUAUUCCAUCAGCAGCUUUAACGGUUAAUCUCACUCCCUCCUCGCAGGGGGACUUCAAAGAAGCUCAUGGAAUUCACCAAUGGUGGAGACUUGAUCUGUCCUUGGAUUCCCAAACCUACUUGUAUAGUUAAAGAUCUCUCUAUGAAGGGAAAAUGCUAUGUACAUCCAACUUACCCCACACCUGCACCACAGUCAAAAUACUUUUGAAUUACACACACAAUAUUGUCUAUGAAACAGAAAAGAAAAAGAGUUGUCUGUGUAUACUUCAAAGUUUUGGCUCUGGUGUAAGUAGGAGUGUAAGUGUGGUGUACAAAUAGCAUUUUCUCAAUAUUUAUGCUUUGUGCCUUUGUUGGUCCGGGUACAGUCUUUUUGUGUGGAACUUCAUUGGCAUCCUCAAUUGUAGUACUCCAUAAUAUCAGUGGCUGAAUAAGAAAUGUCUUCUUGGUUACUUCUUCCAUGUGCAAUGUAGAUUUGGUGGUAGGGUUGGAAUAAUUUGUAUACCAAUAAAAUUGAGGGAAAUGU